AUGGUGGAGUUCAAAGAGCCGAUCGAUGCAACUGUUGCUCUAGCGCUGAAUGGUAUAUCUAUGGAAGCUGAGGAUGCUAGCGGGAGUGGCCAAAGCGGACUUUCUAUCCAGAGACCGAAAGAUUACAUUGUGCCUGCUGUUGUAGACUACAGUGUUUAUCACCCUGGCGUAGUGUCGAACGUUGUUAUCGACACGCCAUUCAAGAUUGCAAUCACCAACAUUCCUUCUUAUCUCUCUGACGAGCAGGUUACGGAAUUGUUGGUCUCUUUUGGCGAGCUUAGAGCUUUUGUCUUGCUGAAAGACAGAAGCACUGAGGAAUCGCGAGGUGUUGCAUUUUGUGAAUAUACCGAACCGCAAUCGACGGACGUUGCCAUUCAAGGUUUGAAUGGAAUGGACCUUGGGGACAGAAAGCUCCGAGUGCAGAAAGCAAGCAUCGGCAUCACUCAAGUCACCAGUGUCGAAAUGGGUGUGAACGCCAUGUCCCUCCUUGCCGGCACUAUAUCUCAAGAAGCGUCAGAUGUUAGUCGUGUCGUCCAGCUCCUCAAUAUGGUCACAGCCGAGGAGCUGGUUAACAACGACGACUACGAGGAUAUUUGCGAGGAUGUGACAGAAGAAUGCGCCAAAUUUGGUCCGGUUAUGGGCCUCAAGGUUCCUCGGCCGGCUAGUGGGGGCAGGCACUCUCCUGGUGUUGGCAAGAUUUUUGUCAAGUUUGACAGCAGAGAUUCGGCCACCAAAGCACUCAAAGCCUUGGCGGGCAGGAAGUUUUCUGACAGAACAGUUGUUGCUACAUACUUUCCUGAGGAAAAUUUCGAAGUUGAUGCAUGCAACGGAAAGGGUAUCUCAUCUUCGGCGGUUCCCUACUCUCGCACCGCCCCGUCAUGGUUGAAGACGACUCCCGACCAGGUUGUUGAGCAGAUCUGCAAACUUGCGAAGAAGGGUGCUACGCCUUCCCAGAUUGGUGUUGUUCUUCGGGACUCCCACGGCAUUGCACAGGUCAAGAUCGUAACAGGCAACAGAAUUCUUCGCAUUCUGAAGUCCAACGGCCUAGCGCCCGAUAUUCCAGAGGAUCUGUACAUGCUUAUCAAGAAGGCUGUCGCUGUCCGCAAACAUCUCGAACGCAACCGCAAGGACAAGGACUCGAAGUUCCGCCUUAUUUUGAUCGAGUCGCGGAUUCACCGUCUGGCUCGCUACUACAAGACCGUUGGUGUCCUACCGCCUACCUGGAGAUAUGAGAGCGCAACUGCCAGCACGAUUGUCGCAUAA